AUGGAUAUGACUGAAGGCAAGAUGAACGCCAUUCCGGAGGGAAUUACGGAAGGCCUUCUUCGCAACAUUUUUUUAUAUCUGUAUCACAGCGCUGCAGCGUCAGCUGUUGACCCAGACUAUGAGCCAAAAGGCCAGGACUCUAGCUUGAGUGGAUACCAAGGAUGUCUUCGUGUUCUUCUUCGGCAACUUCACAAUCACUUCUACGUUGCUUGGCGCUGGCACGCGGACGAGUGGUCGAUGGAGGAUUUAUGGAAUGCAGCCCAGAAGGACCCUCGCAAUUCCUCCUUUGUUUCUGUGAAAGACGAAGAAAUCUUUGCGCAAAACUUGAACCGGGAGAUUGCUACCGCCAUGAAAGGGUCUGAGGGAUAA